AUUUCAAGCUCGCCCCCUCUCCCUGGCUUCAUCCUGGUCUCACCUCAUGGCUUCCCCGGCCGCUCGCUUGGCCGUCCACCGUUCCUUGAAGUGCGCGCAUGCGCGACACGCCGCGUCCCUCCAGCCUGUCCAUUUACCGUCCUCCUCGCUCCUUUCCUUGCGGCUGCACCGCAUCCUCGCCAAGCCCUCGCCGCCAUUCAUACGGUCGCAAUCGCUGCAAGCCACCCUUGACGGAGUCGCCAGAGUUUCGCCAGCUCAUUCUCUCGAAUUGCCUGCUGCGAUUCCGGGAGUGCUCGGCACGUGGCUCUCGCGUAGUUCUCAAGAGUUUUGGAGGGGUCGAAGGGUUUCCGCCAAGGAGCGCUCUUUCAGCGGAUGGGCGGGGGGAGGUCAGCGGGGGGCGGUGGUGCGCGCGACAAGGGGAGGCGGAGUCAGUCAGCGGAACGACAGGGACGGCAAGCGCGGCAAGGGGACUCAACACAGGGAAAAUGCAGGCAGUGGCGGAGCUGGCGGCAGCAGCACCACCGGCGGGCAGGACGGGGCUAGUAGAAGGGGCAGUACGAGUAACGGGAGGGGGAAGAGAGGAGGCAGAGGGGGAGGGGACAACAGGGCAGGCGUCUGGGGGGAGGCGGAGAGGCGGGAAGAGUGGGGGGAAGGAAAGGCGCAGGCGGAGGGCAGUGGUGGGGAGGCUGUAGGUCGAACGAGUGCGCGGGCGAAGCAUCUUUUGGGGGAUGGCGGCCACGCGAAGGGGCGAGAAAGCGGAGGGGAGAGAGAAGGGGAGAUGGGAGGAAAGAGUGUGAGGAGAGAGGUGAGAGAGGGUGCGGAUGACUUAGGGGGGAAGCGCGGGGAGGGGCGGGGGGGCAGCAGAGGCAACAUCAUCGACGAGGUUGCGGCAGCAAUGGAAAAACCCCCUGCGCGUGUGAUUCUGAAGCGGGGGCGCGCAGCCCUGUUCGCGUCCGCGAGCCCCGCCCCGCUGGUGUUCUCGGGCGCCGUGGACUGCGUGCUGGGCCGCCCCCCGCCCAGGGCAGGCGACCUCGUCGUGCUGGCCGCGCGCAGGGGGGAGCAAGGGGGUGCGGGCGGGGGAGGGGAAGAGGGGGAGGGAGGAGGAGCGGCAUCGGGGGAGUGGUCGCAGGGAGUGGCGGUGGCGUGGGGGGUGUUCAACCCGACGUCCAUGUACCGCGUGCGCAUCAUGCAGACACUCACGGAUGCCCACAGGCACCCCGAGGCCGUCCUGAGCAUGCCGUCCCUGCUGCGCCUGCGCCUGGCCUCGUCGCUGCACCUGCGCCUGCUGCUCGGCCUCUCGCCCCUGCCAUGCCCCGCCACCGCAAGUGGCCAGGGUGUGGGCAGCAGUGCCAGGGGCAUAGCAGGGGGCACGAAUGCGUUCCGGCUCGUGAACAGUGAAGGGGACAGGCUGUCCGGGCUAAUAGUGGACGUGUAUGGGGACCGCAUGGUGGUCGCGUCGUCCGCAGCGUGGGUGGAGGCGCACCGCCUCGAUGUCGUGCACGCGCUCUCACAUCUGCUCCCUGCUGGCGGUGCAAGCACCCAGGGGCGCGCGGAAGGGAGCGUUGAUGGGGGGGAGAGGAGGGAGGGGGUGGUGGUUGGAGGGUUGGAGGGGCAUGAGAGGAUCAUUUGGAGACGGUCAGUUGAGAUGUUGAGAGAGGAAGGGGUUGUGGUGGAGGGGGGAGAGGGGGAGGGGAGGACAGCAUUUGGUGGGGAGAAGGCAGAUGGGGAGGAUGACGGAGAAUUUGAAAAAGCAGGGGAGGCGGAGGGGGUGGAGGAAGGAGGGACGCAAGCGAUGGUUGAUGGCAACGGCGGCGCCCAAGAAGGGAGGAUGGAGAGAGGGGCGGCGCUUGAAGUGAAUUUCGACCACCAGGCAACAACGGCAACAACAGCAGCAGACAGAUUACCACAGUCACCGCUUUCAGGAGCCACACCGGAGCCUUCCUCGGAUGGCGACAGGGUGAAGGUGUGGGAGAACGGGGUAUUGUUCUGGGUGGCCAUGGCGAGCGGGCAGAAGACAGGCUUCUACUCGGACCAGAGGGACAGCCGCCUGCUCGUGCGCUCCCUCGUGGCCUCGUCGCUGCUGGGCCAUGCGGGUAGCACAGCACACGGUGGCAAUGCUGCUGAGGUCAAUGUGCCCUCACCUGCGUUAGCCCACCGCCCUCUGUCCCGAGUGCUGGACCUCUGCUGCUACAGCGGAGGCUUUGCUAUCAAUGCUGCUCUUGCCGGUGCUGCUGACGUCACAGCGGUGGACUCUUCCCCCUCGGCCCUCUCCCUGGCAGCAGCCAACGUGGCGCUGAAUGGUCUGCCACCCUCUGCCGUGCGCUUUGAGCGAGCGGACAUCAGUGCGUUCAUGCAGCACGCAGUAGCUGAGCAGCGCCAGUGGGACCUCGUGGUGCUGGACCCGCCCAAGCUCGCCCCCACGCGCAAGUCUCUCCCCCGCGCGCUGCACCGGUACCGUCGUCUGAACAGCCUGGCCCUGCGGCUGGUGGCGCCGGGAGGGCUGCUGAUGACGUGCUCGUGCUCCGGUGCUGUCUCGCAGCAGCACCUGCUGCCCGGCAUCCUCAGGGAGGCAGCGGCAUCAGCAGGGCGGCAGGUAACAGUAGUGCGGGAAGCAGGUGCUGCCCCUUGCCAUCCCAUCGACCCCGCAUGCCCUGAGGGCACCUACCUCACCAACCUUCUUGCCUUGGUGCACUGAUGCUGCCUGCUUCUGUAUCAGCUGGCAUGGAUGGGGUACAUUUGAGAUUAGGGAUGGACACUCGCACCAGUGGGAUGCAGUUGCCAACUUGCCAGUGCAGACACGAUAGAGUGUAAGGGACUCUCCUAUGGGCGCUGUGUCAACCUAUACAUUUGUACUGUAUGUCUAGUUAUAGGCUAGACAGGUUCGUGCGUUAAAUUACUUAUUUUAGUAUAUAAUUGUAGGCUUGGUAGGCUUACUGAACUUUACAGUAGAGGGUACAACAUGUUAAAGUAAGAACUGAAUAAUGUGAACCUAGAACA